UCUACCACUUGCCCAUUAUCCCAAAAAUCAUACUACAUAUAUACUAGCAAAUAUAUAUUAUAUAUUAUCCACUAUUUGUCCUAUUGGCCAGUAGCCCAAUAUGACUUUUAUUAUGUGGACAACAUUUAUUUUGUCUGUAAUUGUAUUAUUCAUCUUCCAUAAGAUGGUAGAUCUGAAGAAGAAGAAGAAAAAACUUCCUCCUAGUCCAAAAGGGAUUCCAAUAUUAGGACAUCUUCAUCUUUUAGGUGAUAAUCCUACUCAAGAUUUUCACAAAUUAUCUCUUAAACAUGGUCCUAUUAUGUACCUUAAAUUAGGAUUAUUACCAACUUAUGUUAUAUCUUCUCCUGAAUCAGCUGAAAAAAUCCUCAAAACUUAUGAUCAUGUUUUUGCUAGUAGGCCUCAUAAUGAGACGGCCCAAUACAUCUCGUAUGGCCAAAGAAAUUUGAUUUUCUCAAAGUAUGGCGCGUACUGGCGUAACAUGAAAAAAUUAUGCACGGUUCACUUGCUGAGUAACAUGAAGAUUAACUCAUAUCGAUCUACUAGAAGUGAAGAAAUUGACCUUAUGAUCAAAUCGAUCAAAGAUGUAGCUCAAGGUCGUCAUGGUCGUGUUGCUGAUGUUGUUGACCUUAGUGCUCAAGUUUCCUCAUUGAGUGCCAACUUGAGUUGCUUGAUGGUUUUUGGUAAAAAGUUCGUGGAUGAGGAUUUGGGCAAAAGGGUUAGUUUUAAAUCUUUAGUUCAAGAGGUUACACAACUUGCUGCAACACCAAAUCUUGGAGAUGUUUUCCCUUUUCUUGGUGUUAUUGACCUCCAAGGACUCACACGUCGCAUGAAGGACACUGCUAAGGUGUUAGAUAAAUUUGUAGAGAAGAUUAUUGAUGAACAUGAUCAUGAUGUAGACCACAAGAAAAAUAAGGACUUUGUAGACACUAUGAUGGCCAUCAUGCAAUCUGGAGAAGCAGAGUUCCAGUUUGAUCGUCGCCAUGUCAAAGCUGUCCUGUUGGAUAUGCUUGUGGCAUCAAUAGAUACAUCAUCAAGUUCAAUUGAAUGGAUGCUCUCAGAACUUCUCAAGAAUCCUGAUAUAAUGAAGAAACUCCAAAAAGAGUUGGAACAAGUAGUAGGCCUAAAUAGAAUGGUAGAAGAAUCAGACUUGGAAAACUUGAAAUACCUAAACAUGGUAUUUAAAGAAUCAUUUAGGCUACAUGCUGCUGCCCCAUUACUACUUCAUGAAGCGAUGGAAGAUUGUAUGGUAGAUGAUUUCUAUAUAAAAAAAGGAUCACAAGUCAUUGUCAAUGCAUACACAGUUCAUAGGGAUCCUAACUAUUGGCCUGAAGCUGAGAAGUUCUCCCCAGAGAGGUUUCUUCAAAGUAACAUAGAUGUUCGUGGACGUGAUUUUCAACUUUUACCGUUUGGCUCUGGCAGAAGAAGUUGCCCCGGGAUGCAAUUGGCAUUAAUUAUUGUUCGUCUUGUGGUGGCACAAUUGGUUCAUUGCUUUGAUUGGAAGCUCCCAAAUGACAUGCAGCCUAAGGAUUUGGACAUGACUGAGCAUUUUGGUAUAGUGAUUGGCAGAGCUAAUCAUUUGAUGGCUGUUCCAACUUACAGGCUACAACACAAAUGAUUUUGGGAAAUUGAUUUUGAUAUGAUACAUCUAGUUAUAUACAUGACGUUUGACCUUGGAUAAUAAAGUUUCUUUAAUUUACUGCUUUUGAUUUAAGUACUUUUGUGUAUGCACUUGUACUAGUAUAAUAUGUUGAGUACUGUUUUUACCUUUACUUAAAAAAAACCUUAGUAAUUGUAUUGAAUGACAAUGCUAGUCCUAUAAUUAGUUAAAGACUACUUUUUUGCCA